AUGGUCUUUGCGCCCGGGGAGAGCCCGCUCAGGCAGUACGCGAGCUCCGCUACCCAAGCUCUGGUCGGCAUCGCGUGGCCGAGCCUGCAGCCGGAGACAACGCUCGACAAGGUCGUCGUCGACGCGGAGGUGUGCGUCGAUUCGGAGGAGUUCAUCCAGCCGUUCUUCCUCUGCGAGCCGCCGCAGCAGGUGCGGCUGUUCAUCCAACUCUUCUGCCUCUCGGUGGCCGUCAGCCUCGUCGUGCACAGGGGUGGCGCCAAGGACUUCUACAAGCUGAUGCUCAGGUCGCAGCCGCCGCCCGACAAGCGGAGAGGCCUGGGCUACACGGCGUGCAAGGCAUAUGGGGUCAUCCCAGUCCCGCGCCUCCCCGAGAGUAUGUUCAGCUUGGUCCGCUGGACUCUCGUGGCCACGCUGCUGCUGGCCUGUCACACCUCGCUUGCCCCGCGUUUCUUUCUCUUCGCCAGCUUCGGGCUGUAUUUCCUCUACUUCGGGCAGCUCUUCUGUGAGUCCAAGCAUGGCGGCCACGGGUCCUUGCUGAUGCCCUCCGUGAUCCUGCUCCUGGCCCUAAGCGGCGGCCCCGAGGGCAGCCCCUGGAGCCUGGUGUUCAUCAAGAUCUUCCUGGGCCUGAUCUACUUGUCUGGCGCUUUGUCCAAGCUGCUCGUGUCGGCCUUGAUGGGCAAGCGCUGGGGCGGCGCCACGAUGCAAGCAUACGUGUUCGACGCCAUGUGGUGCCGGCCGCACCGCUGGGCGAUCGUCAGAGGCCUCCAGCGGGAGCUCUUGAAGCGGUGGUGGGGGUGCCGGGCGCUCGCGAUGGGCGGCCUGGCCUUCGAGCUCGGCUUCCUGCCGCUGGUGCUUCUCGGCGGGCAGGUGGGCUCCGUCGUGGCCGCGAUGGUCGCCCUUGGCUUCCACGUCGGCGUCGACCUGCUGCAGGGGCUGGACUUCAUGCCUUUCUGGUGUCCGGUCUUCUGGGCUUUCCUGCCCGACCUGCAGGCUUUGCUGACCGGUCGCGCCAUGCUGCCCGAUGAGACGUGGUACGCCACGGUGGUUCAGGGCUUCGAGGAGGAGCCCUGCCGGUGGAUGCUCAGCGCGGCGUACUUGAUGAUGCAGGUCAUUGUCGCAGUUCGUUUUCAGGACCUCUUCGAGGGCAAGGAGGCAUUGCCGUUCACCUGCUGUCCGAUGUUCUCGGUGCCGCGGAACAUCUUCGGCGACGAGCUUCGCGGGGGCGUCCUGACAGACUCGAAUUUCAGAGACGGUGGCCACAUUGACGUCAUGUAUAAUUUUGCUCCCUGGUGUUCCGACCUGCCGAUGAGCGUGGAGGAUCUCCAGCAAGUACCUUACAGGAUGCUCAUGUGGAUUUCGACCUUACACUGCGAUCCCAAAGUGGAGCGCCUGCUGGGCAAGAGCUUCCUCGGCCAGGACCUGGUGGUCUGCGCCAACUUCGAGGUUCCGAAGGAGCUGGAGAUGAAGCUGAGGGAGCUGGUGCGCACACUCGAGGACUGCCGCUCGGAGGACUGGAGCAGCCCUGCCAAGGUGGAAGAGGUGCUGAACCUGCAAGGGCAGUGCCAGGCUCUCUUCCAGGCAGGCCGCCCCCAGGAGGCUGGCCGGCGGCCUCAAGCCCCGAAGCACCAGAGCGUCGGCUUCUGGAUCGGCCGGCCGGACGAGGCGCACAAAUUGCUGCAGACUUGA